GCGAUACCGGAAUAGGUCGUAACCUUCGACGAACCCAAAAGAACACAACGAUGAUAGUGGUUAUGUCAUAACUUCGACUGGAGCUUCAGUCUGGUUCAGUCUGGGGCUGCAAAUAUAGCGAACUGUCAGACCUAAGUUGGUUAGAAUCCGCUGUAUUACGCAACGUUGUAAGGAUGGAUCCCAUCUGUUAGUGCCACGCUCUCCUCAGUGUUAUGCACCCCUAAUCGGAUGCGGCUGAAUAAAAUGGUCUUAAAUGGCGACUUAUAAGAGUGAGGGUCCUUGCCGAGUCUUUGGGAUCGAUCAAUCGUCGCCGGAGCAGACAGUCAAUGAUGCUCUCUGUGGUUUCUAUCCAAUAACAAUAAGAGGUAUGUGUAUAUUCCAUCAGAGCGAUAGAGGGUCUGGCCUAGGAUAAACAAACAUUAUUAACAUGAUAUACCCCCAGAAUUCUCCCCGGACGCCUUUGUGUAGCUGCAUUCUGUUUCCGUCGUCGCCAUGUCUCUCGAAAGAAUUAACGGGUAUACACCCCAAGAGACCUCUAUCCUUCUCACAAGAGCAGGCGUCGAGAGAGAAGCUCUUCCAUUCUUUCGUCUGGCCUUGAAAGCCUUCCUCGGUGGCUGCUACAUUAGUUUCGGAGCACAUGUCGACCUUCUCGUCCUGUCCGGGAGCCCGCAACUGCGGGAAAGUAAUCCCGCUCUGGCGACGAUGAUAUCUGGGUUCACCUUCCCACUAGGAUUCGUUCUCAUCAUCCUGACCAAUGCCGAACUGUUCACAUCAAGUCUGUUUUUCAUGACAUUCACGACCUGUCAGCGAAAGACCUCGAUCCUGGGAGCCCUCCGAGUCCUGGUGACCGGUUAUAUAUGCAACAUGGCAGCAGGCCUCUUCAUAGCAGGCUUUUUCUGCUGGUGGGCAAACACUUUACAGACAGAUGAACAAAAGGCGUACGCAGGAACACAAGCUGAAGGUCGCGUCAACGUACAGUGGUCGGUGAACUUCCUUAGAGGUAUCGGCUGCAACUGGUUCGUCUCUCUGGCUAGCUACCUCGCAACUGCCUGUAACGACCACAUCUCGAAGAUCUACUCCAUCUGGAUCCCUGUCUGGGCUUUCGUCAUCAUGGGCUAUCAGCAUUGCAUCGCCAACUACUAUCUGGUCCCUAUCGGCAUGUUCUACGGUACAAACUUCGGAGUCGGCAAAUUCAUCUACCAAAGCAUUAUCCCCGUUACGAUCGGCAAUAUCAUCGGAGGAAUCAUCCCUGCGGGUCUGAGCUUUUGGUUCCUUUACGGCAGAAACUCCCCAGUUGGUCUUGAUCAAGGCGCGAAGCUGGCUCAACAGAAAGAGGCAGAAGUGGGAGACGAAAGCGUUGAAAACCCGAGUGUUGCGUACCAAACCGGCCAGGUCCACAAUGUGAACCACAUGGUCUAAACAUCAAUAUAUAUUU